CGUUUUUGUAUUGCAACUUCAGAAACGAACAGAGAUCUCGUCGGCGCGCUCCCAUUCGAAGCUGCCGCAUCUUCCACGUUCCCGACUUCCGUUGCUCCUUCAGCUUGCUAUCUCGUCCCGACGACGCCGUUGCUUGAGCUGUGAACUUCGUGGACGUAUCCGCGCGAGCUGAUUUGAAUCCCGUCCUCGCGACGUAUCCUGAUCGAACAUUGUUCCGAACGAGGCGACACUGCUGAAAUGGCUUUGUGUGCCUUUGAGAAGGGCAAAAAGGUGUCCCCGUUGAGCGAAAGCUGGUUGUCACCGUCCAUGGUCGACACGUACGAUGGGCAAACCAUCAUUAUCGCUCAGCAGGAAAAGUUCCGUCUGGGCAACUACCUCGGUUCUGGAAUCGCCGGUGUCGUGUAUGAAGCGAUGGAAUUGAAAAAGCAUCGACAUGUGGCCGUAAAAAUUUUGAACCCCGUUGGAUACAAGCUGUUCUUUCCACAAGCAUUGGCGCGAUGUGAAGUCAUUCGAGCUGGGGCUGUUUACAACCACGAGAAGCGACCUCAAUCGCCAGGGGGUACCCCCGCCAUGCCCCUCGAGAAAGGCCAUGUGUGGUGGUUGCUCCAUCCAAACCAGCACGAAUUGAUUCCAUGCUACAAGGACGCUCAAUCAGGGAUGAUCAAAGAGAUGACGCUCGACAUGUGUGUAGCACUGUGGCCUCUGGACGCGAACAAUGGCGACGACGAUCCUCUCGAGACCGACAUCGACAUGGCGUCACCUGACGAUGUGGUCGUGGUGGCGUCCCACACAUGGCACAUCCCGCACGUACCGAAGAAAUACGCGGUGUUUCUUCAGAAUCGCAGGACCAUUUAUCGCGAAAUUGCCCACAUGCAUCGCCUCACGGGCAACACGAUCGACAGUGGGCCGAGCGUUGAAAAUGGACACGUGAAUGUGCUGCAGUUGUUUGACGUGCUUGAGUUUGUACAGCCGUCCAAAACUACCAUCUUCCUUGUGCUGGAACUCGCUUGCGGAGGCGAAUUCUUCGACCGCAUCAAGUUUGACGGUGGGCUGCAGGACGCCGACGCGCGAGUGUACUUUUCACAGCUCUUGGCUGGGGUGCAGUACUGCCAUGAAUUGGGCAUCGUGCAUCGGGACCUCAAGCCUGAGAACCUUCUCCUCGGCGACGGCGACGUUCUCAAGAUCGCCGACUUCGGGCUCAGUGCCCAUUGUAUUGCUGCUGUGAGCACAAACACUGGCCACUACCUCUCAUCGUCCAUGGAGUCCCCUGCGUCAUCGUCGGACGUGCUCGGGGUACCGGAGCUGCCGUCGCAAGUGAGACGUCUCAGGUCAGUUGUCGGGUCCCCGCAUUACGUUGCUCCCGAAGUCACGCAAAAGUGUCAUUUUGGUUAUGACGGUCGCAAAGCUGACAUGUGGUCCCUUGGCGUGAUUCUGUACACGAUGCUUGUCGGUGGCCUACCCUUUGGGAAAGACCUGAGCCACUGUCCAAGGUUUGCUCAGUUCAGUGCUUGGGUCACGUCGUCGGACGACGCGGUGGCGAGCUCUCGGGUCAAGUUUCCAUCGUUCUUAUUCCCGCCGUCGUUGCGCCCAGACGCUCUCCGUCUGCUCUGUAGUCUCCUUCACCCAGAACCGACGAAACGAAGUACAUGCGCCGACGCGCUGAGAUCGUCGUGGCUUGUCCAGCCCGAGUAGGUUCACCACUUGCGUCGUUGUGAGUUCAUUAUUUUAUACACCGCAUUGCACCGUUUG